AUGUCCGACAGUGCUAGUAUUGGUGCUAGCCUACAAGAUGUUAACCAGGGUCCUAAGAUCAUCAUAGCAACGGGUAUCACAACUGCCGCCGCAUUGAUCACCGUCUUGGCCCGGUUCUACGUGCGUAUAUUCCUUAUUCGCAAUGUCGGCUGGGAUGAUUAUAUCAUGGCUCUGACCAUGCUACUAUCUGCCUGCGGAUUCGCCAUUACCGUCCCUGAGGUGAAGUAUGGUGCAGGCAGACACAUGGUCUUUGUCCAAGAAACCGCCGUAACGGCCAUGCAUUUGAAUUAUGCGACGCAGAAUCUCUACCUGUGGGCUAUUGGCCUGACCCUUAUCUUUGAGUGCAAAGAUAUUCGAUCAAAUUGGGACCCUGCGGUGAAAUCCGAGUGCUUUACUCCCAAACAACUUAUGACUCUGAGCUAUACAAACACCGCUCUGAAUAUUCUGACUGACCUGAUCUUCGCGGUUCUACCGGUCUUCAUGCUACGUCACCUUCAAGUCAAUCGCCGAGUGAAAGCCUCUCUGAUCUGUAUCCUAGGCCUGGGAGUUUUUGCCUGCGCAGCCGCCUUCGUCAAGCUCUCUAUCCUACCCAGCUACGGCAAAACCGGCGACUUCCUCUGGGACUAUACAAACCUCACAAUCUGGGUCGUCACCGAAUGCAACACAGGUAUCAUCGCCGGCACCCUCCCAACCCUCAAACCCCUCUUCAAGAGCGUCCUCGGCACAUACGGCUCGCGCACGAAAACAACCCGCGAGUAUUUCGGCAGCAAGCAAUAUAGAUUGCAGUCAAUGUCUCGAUCAAGAGGGACACCAUUGCAAUCCCGGACACAUAAAAGCGGGAAUCUUAGUAUCAUCGAGUUCGAUGAUAAUCCGAAGAGUCAACACUCCCGUGUGGGCUCUACGUCGGGCUCGGUGAAGUACUCUGGUAGUCAACGAAGCAAUUCCAGUGAGGAGAGGAUAUUGCCUGUUCAGGGUGAGGGCAUUGUUUGCACUACUGAGGUGAUGGUUUCGAGAGAUCAGAAUCCUCCUGAGGUGCCGCCUAGUUCUCCUCGGACGAAGUUGGGGAGGAUGGGGUCGUUGAGUGGAUUGCGCGUCAAUGCGGACGAUAGGGUUUAA